GCGAAGAGAGGAAGACCUGCUCGUGCGACGAAGAGCACAACCUCCAGCUUUUAAACUACGAGGAGCCUGGACUGGAUUUGAGCCACGCAGUUAUCUACAUGCAUAGGCUAAUAAUGAACGCAUGACUGGGCAUACUCCACUCAGAAAGAAGAAUAUCUAAUGAAGGGAUUUCGCUCUGUUCAGUGGCCGUGGCAUAAUGAUUCAGCGAGCACUUUUCCACUCUUGACCUUCUUAAUAGAAAGUGAAGAUGCAACUUUUCAGAGCGCUUAAGAUAAAUCACUGCCUGUGCGCAUCCUAGAUAUCAUCUGUUGCUGCAGGCGGUUUAAUUAAAACCUCGAGCAGAUUACAAAGCUCUUCAAAAUCACUCCACACUGGGUUAAUCUGGACUGACUGUAGCAUGAGUGGGCUUAGUAGACGUCUUUAACUGUUCGAAAAAUGGAAUGUCUAAUGCUGUCUAAUCGAAGAUUGUUCCGGCGUGUCGCUUUUUGAGAGCUGCCAGUUCGAGAUGCCGUGUUUCUUCGCCUGCCGGUUCACUGUAAUCACACUGAAGUAGACGUUUCGGCUCAGGUGACGGUCAGGGUGGACGCCGCGGAGUCACGCUUCCAUCGAAUUUACUGCUGUGGACGAUGAUGGUGGAGGACGAGGAGCUGGACGCGCGUGCACUUGACCUCGACACGGACUUGGAGCCGCGCAGCCGGCCGCGCUCGUGCACCUGGCCGCCGCCGUGUUCCGAGGACUUCCCUGCGGGCGCAGAGCUCAGCGGAGCUCCUUGUCCACUGCUGAAGACGGAGACCGAGAUCGGGCCGCCCUGUAGAUCGGGGAGGAAGAGUGUGAAUCCCGCCGAGGUGAAGCGCGAAGCCGGAGGCGCGCCGUUGCCGUGUCUGAGCGGCGCUGCGCUUGAUGUCGCCGGGCAGCUGCGCAAAGCCAAGUCCUCACGACGCAACGCGUGGGGGAACCUGUCAUACGCGGACCUGAUCACCCGCGCGAUCGAGAGCACCCCCGAGAAAAGACUCACCCUGUCGCAGAUAUACGACUGGAUGGUGCGAUACGUACCUUAUUUUAAAGAUAAAGGAGACAGCAACAGCUCGGCCGGAUGGAAGAACUCCAUACGCCACAAUCUGUCACUCCACACCCGCUUCAUCCGGGUACAGAAUGAAGGCACAGGAAAGAGCUCCUGGUGGAUGCUGAACCCUGAAGGGAGUAAGUCUGGGAAAGCUCCACGGCGACGCGCAGUCUCCAUGGACAACAGCACCAAGUACUUGAAGUGCAAAGGCCGUGUAAACCGCAAGAAAGUGGUAGGCAGAGCAGUGGUGGGGACAGGGGCACAGGGAUUUCAUGGCUCCCCUGAGCAGACUAGUCCAUCAGGGAAGACAGUUAAGGGAGCAACAGGUGUUGGGGAGGAGUUUGAGGCAUGGACUGAUCUCCACUCUCGGACUAGCUCUGCAGCCUCAACACUGAGUCUGUCACCCAUUAUGGCAGAGGAGGAAUUAGAAAACCCAGAGGAGGGUAGGUUGUCCUGCUCCACUUCCCCACACAUCUACCCAAGUCCCUCCAGCACUUGUUCACCUGUGGCACAUUGCCCACCAGUGGAAAUGCCACAGUUAGCGGACCUCACAGGAGCCAUCAGCUUGGAAGAAGGUUACCACCAUCAACAGCCGCCAUGCCACAAGCGCCCCUCCUACCAUUACAGCAGUGGGUCAAAGGUUCAGGGCUCCUAUAGUAGUCCAGCCUAUGGACAAGCAGGCAUGGGCAUGCUGUGUCACCAAACACCAUUGCAGACGAUCCAGGAAAAUAAGACCUCCAGCUUUUCUGGCAACAUGCAGACUUACUCAGGCACAAAUACCCUGCAGAGUCUACUAACUGGAGGUUCACAGUACAGUGCUAAAGACAUAAUGCUUGGUCAGGAGCAUGAGCCCAUGAUUGGUCCUUCCAGCAGUAGGGUGAGCAACUGUCAUAGCCAUAAAUCUGGCCACACCCACAGUGCCACACAUGAUCAUAAUCCUGCUCACAACCAUACCAACACCCACAAUCUCAACCAGUCACACAGCUCUGGCUCAAGCAUAGCCAACAACCCCAAUCACACCCACAGCAUGAAUCACAGCAUGAGUCACAGCCUGGGCCAGAAUCAUCAGCCUCAAAGCCAUGCUGUCCAUGCUCAACCCAUCAGUGGCCACAUGCAGUCAUACAACCAUAAAGCUCCAUACUUGUACAGUCCUCCAUCCCAUGCACACCUUCCUGCCUCAACUACACUGCCCCCAAACCCUGCUGGUAUGCAGGGCAUCUCUCAGGACUCUUGCCAUCUAGCAACUGCACCACACCCUCAUCCCCGCUACAGUGCCACAUACCCAGGCCCACACCAGCAGGCAAUGGUUGAUGGACCAUUCCACCAAGCUCAGGGAAUGGUGGGAGGAGGCAGUUGUUACCAAGGUUACCACCACCCUCAUCAUGGCUACCCUCAUGAGCGGCUACCAGCAGACCUGGAUCUGGACAUUUUCCAUGGCAGCCUGGACUGUGAUGUUGAGUCUGUUCUCCUUCAUGAUAUGAUGGACUCAACAGAGGAGAUGGACUUUAAUUUUGAUUGCUCCUUGGCACAGGGGAUGGGUGUCGGGAUGGGCAUGGGCAUGAGCAUGGGACUCACAGGCCCACAACAGAACCACAGUAACCAGAGUUGGGUGCCUGGCUAAGAUGCCAAGUUUUCCUACAGACAUUAUAAGAGAUCAAACUACCUUUAGGCCUGCAUAGGGCAGAGCGCACCGCUUCCUAUCCAGGGAGAUGCACUGUGCGUGACAAAAGAAUUUAAAUGAAAAACCAUAGUUAAAAUUUCUCUAAAGUUCUGUCUUACUCUGCCUGCUCAUCUGUUUUUUUUUUUCUAAAAUAGCCCUCUGUUAGCCUCUUUCUGCUUAAUGUUAACCCUUUCUUCUUGCCGAAAGAACCGUGAUGACAAUCUCAACUGUGUUACCCAACAUUGCCUUCUUCUCCAGUUAAAACGAAAUGCUUAAGCACUUUAACUGCGUAAAACAAAUCCAUUUCUUACUUUCACAACAAUAAGCUAGCCCCUGAAUGACAGGAGAUGUAGCUGGCUGCUUCAUACCCUUAUAAAGCCAGUAUACAGGCUUGCAAGUCCUAAAUUUUCAACCAGUGAAAAUUCUGAUAGUUCCAUUUCUGAACGACCUUCUAUAGACAUCACUUCUGUUGGAAGUGAUGCCCCCCUUCCAAAUUCUCUCAGUGAGAGAUAAUGUUAGAACUCACUCACCUUUUUUCUCACUGAUAGCUUCAGCUCCCCUGCCAGCCCAGACUGGCCCAUCAUCCUUCAUUGGCCCAUUAACGGCUUGAUUGAAAUUCAGCGUCUUGUUUUUAAUCUCCAAAGUGAUGCUGCAGUGAUGCAUCAUUAUUGCAGAUUGAAUACACCCCCUCCCAUCACUAGGCCGCUCUCCCCUCGCUCACAUAUGUUGAGUGAUGGGCAUGAUUAACACAGUCAUCCAGCACACAGUGAGGCAGUAGAACUGUCUGUUGUCCAAAACAGGACAGACACUUACACAGAAAAGAAUUUUAAUAGAAAGAGCAAGGCAUUCAUUUCUUAUUCUUUUUAUUUAUAAAAUUGGUAGAAUCCCAUGAUGGCAGUUUGGUCUCUCUUGUGGGAAGUGUUGUAUUGUAACUUAAUGUGAUGUUCAAUUUUGAGGUGCUAUGCGAUAGACAUACAUAAUUUUUUUUUAAUUUUAAUUUUAUAUGUCGAUAAUCAGAAAUGAAAAUGACAGAAAUAAAUAAAUCAGGUAAACAUCAACAUAGCCUAGGAUUUUUGCCUUAUUUUGUGUUUUGAAAAAAAAUGGAAAAAAUGAAAAUGGAAAAGGGCUUGCAGUUAUUUGCAGCGGUGGCUGCAUCAGUGAAAGAAUCAUUCUCUUUGUAAAGACCUCUCUUUCUCUCUCCUUGUGUGUGUGGUCUCUAUAGCUGCAGCCCCAUGCUCCUUAUAAACUUGCUCCUUUUCCUCUUAUGCACGGUUGUGCUCCAUGAAACAGCCCGGAGGGAAAUGGGGCACGUCAUUAUGGCAAAAGGUCAAGGAUAACUUACUCCAUCAACCCUUGCACUCAAAUAAAGCUACUCAGUUGGCCUGUUUCUUGUGACGCUAAUCCACAACCCAGUGGGAUAUCCUUAGUACAAUUUUUGUUGUCAUUUUUUAAUAUUUGCCCCAGUCCUCUGAUAUGUCAGACUGCACACUGCUUUCUCUGCUUUGCCCAUUAACCAUAAUCUUGUGCAAGCUGUCACUUCAGUACCAGCCACCGUGACUCAACAGACAUGCUUAAAAGAAGCUAUGUUAAUGCAGAUAUCAGAAUAGAAAGCUCUAAUAUUAAAUAUUUAAUAUAUAAUAGCAGUCUUACAAUGUUGUUGUAUGGAAGCGAGGACUUACUACAUGUGUCUCCUUCCUUCAUUUUGUGU